CUCUCUUCACCUGUUACAGAAGAUGUAAAGAUCUACUUGAAUCAUCCGUAGACCAUGUUUCACAGCUUUUGCAGCAUCUGCGUCUUGAUAAAUUUAUGCUGUUUUGGUAAGUGAACUUUCAGAAUUCUGUCAUUCACGCUAACUCUGGAAUAAGAUCAUAGAGUGGGUCUUUCAAUGGGUCGAUGCGAUUUUAGCCAUGGGGGCUUGAAAAGAUGUUUGUAUAACUUUUAUUGUACAUUACAGUAUAAGAUUAUUUUAAACAAAAAAUUAUUUCCCAGAGAUAUUUUAAUUUAAGUUAAAUCUAUACCCUAGCUCUGGUAUCAAAGCAUACCCUUAUUGAAAUUUGCUACAUUCAAAUAAAAUAUUGGUAUGUGAAUCUAAGGCGAGAGGUCAACAAGAAAAGAGAGAGAUGGUUUUGCUUUCUAUGGUGCUAGCCCGGAUUUAAAAGAUACUUGCCCAUGCAAGCUGUGGUAUACUGACAAGGGGUGAAUUUUUUAUGGCAGUGCUAAAUUGCUCUCACUAAUGGCUAGUGGCGAGUGCAAGAUUUGAGCCAUUCUUGUGUAACGAUGUUGAAGAUAAGAUUCAGUUUCAUUUCGGCGUUAAUUUAGUACGUGACCAAGACAAAUUAGAGGUGGAGAGCGUCAAUGACAAACCAUAACAACAUUACAGAGUGUGGGGCAUGUGAGAUAUGGACUGUAUUUCACAUCACUCUAAGCAAGACUUUCAGACCCCCAAUUAUCCAAGGACUCACCUGGAGAGUACCUUAACUCAAAACAUUACUUCAUUUUAAGAAUUACCCAACUAUAACGACAUCAUCGUGAAUUGUGUUAAUAUGACACUCUGAAAAAUACAAUUUCAGUAUCACUCGAACAAUGCAUGACAUUCCAAACUUGUAACUUUGUAUUUCGACCAGUUCUUACGUGAAGACAAAGAUUAAAACUGUAAUAAAGGCAAAGUUCUAUAUGAAAGCAACAGGUCCUUGUACAGCCCCUUCCUUCGCCAUCUACUGAAUUAGGGAUUUCCAAAAUCUUUUUUUGGGAGAUGCUUGAUGACUGAUGGGACAUCUCCUAUAGUAGUCAUAUUCUUUAUAUUAGCCAUCAUCACUUUGACUGAGUAUAACAAGACUGAGUCCUCGUGGACUCAUUGGAGUGUAAACUGAGCAAAAAUACUGCAAAAAAUACUCAUUUUUAUUUUCUUCCUGGUUUUCUCAUUUUCACUGAAUAAUUACAAUUUUAUUAUUUUAUUUAAAGUGUGAAUUGUUUGAAAUUUUAUUAAAAUUUUAAAUUUAAGGUCAAAGUAGCCCAACUGGAAGCCCAGCUGACGAGGAGAGUUUUCCAGUUUGGCUCCUUCGACCUUAAAUAAGAAAUUCCUUUUUUAAUUCUCCACAAUCCUCACUUUAGUAAAUAGUCCUGUUAAUGUUUGAUCUCCUUACCGAGGACUAAUUUUGAUUGAUAUUGUCUUGUAGUAGUCUCCUUUCAUUAUAAUUUAAACAUUUUUAAAAAUGUCUUGGAGCCAGAUGUUUUGCCGACUGUAGCAAUUUGAACGUUUUCUAAAACAGUAACAGGCAGAGCAGAGCUAUAGUUUGUAACAGGUUUCAGACUGAUGGGAUUUAAAGACAUAAACAAUUUGUAAUUUUAGAUCAGAAAAAAAAUCCCAAAACAAAAAACCCCCCAGACAAAAACCCCAAGUAGUAGAUUGAGAAUGACAUACAUCAGUGGGUUUAUGCAAAUUUAUAUAUAUAUAUAUAUCUGUGACAGAGUAAACAUACAUAAUGGUUUUACUGCUAUUUCCUGCUCAAAUUUAAUUAGAUUUUUCCUUUAAUUGAAAAAAAUUAAAUAUUUAAAACAUUUGUAAGAAAGGGUUAUAUGGUUUUUUUUUUUGAACAAUCUAUUCCUUGAUAACAAUAUAUCAUAACAUAUUUUAAAGGCUACUGAUGAAACAUUAAUUACUAUUAAAAAACUUUAUUUAUAAAGCGCAAACAAAUCCUGCAUUUCUGUCCACGGGUACAAAUUGGUACAAGUAGAAAUGAAUGAGGUGGGAAGGGGAACAGUACUGUGUCAUUAAGUACUCUAGAUAAUCUGCUAGGAUGUGGAGACAACUGACACCCUGAAUGUAGGUGUGAUGGAUGGCCUGCUCCCCCUGAUUUGUUUAGCGCAAGCCACAAGCUCACUGUGCCAUUUUGUUCCACCCCGUGGUGUUUUGUCAGGUGCUGUGUUCAUUGCUAGGAUGAAUUGUAUUUUGUAGGUUAAUUAAGUUAAAUUCUGUAAGUGGCCACCUGAUGUGGGAGCCACCAAGUCUACACUUGUAAUUGAAUGUUAUCUACAGUAAAGGGCCAUGUUAAUGUAAUCAGAGAUUGCUCUCAAGGGACACAGUGGGUCCAGAUAACCAUUUGCUGUCAGGGUGGGCUUAUUUUUGGGGGAUGUCUUAUUUCGGGGAACAACGGUAGCAAGCAUGUGCUAGCAUGUGGCCGGUCAACAUUCAGGGGAAUUCCCAAACAUAGAUCAGUUCCCUAGGGAAUGGAAUCCCCCGGAUCAAUGUUUGGGGAAACUUUCCCGAAUAUCGAUUACCUUAAUCGCGAAUGAACAAAGAUUAUCAAUCUAGCGACUAAAGACUAGGGCUUAUUUUCGGGGUAGGGCUUACAUUAUGAGCAUCACCCGAAAACAAGCUAGGGCUUAUUUUUGGGGAUGUCUAUUUUUAGGGUAAACAGGGUAUUGACUGGUUCUGUAUUCCCAUUGGUGUUUUUUUUACUGUAUGCUGUGAUCUAUGUAAGAUGGAUGUUUAUACAAUAAAACUCUCUGUUCUUUGAGUUUCCAAGAAGAAGCUGGUUUGUCUCUUUCUUUAGGUCUCACAGGAUUUUGUUAUCGAUUGUCCACUAUAAAGUACUUACUAAUAAGAGUAUUAUUGCCAGAGGACUAGGUAGGUAGAAUAUCUCAUAGUAGCAGUUAGUGGUGCAGGUUAGGUAAAAGAAACUCACAUACAAUAGCGUGCCUGAACUGGUACAAUUUCACGGCCAGAGACACCAGAGCCGUAACCUCACAACAGGUAACACGUCACCUUGUGUGUUCCAAAUUAUAAUUAAUUAAUUAAAUAAUGGCAGUCAAUAGGCAUUGGGUCACUAUUCCCUGAUGGUUGAUUUUUAUAACUUUAUGCACCACAUCAUAAUAAUUUAAGUGGUGUAUGUAAGAACUACAUAGACUUCAGCAACUCCUGGUGGUCAUUAUUCAUAUUACAUAGAUUAGUGAUUAGUGCUGGGCUGCACCCUAGUGGCAGAUAUACGGAUGAUAAUUUGGCUGAUUGGAUUUUAUUUGGAUAACUAUCUGGUGUAUAUUAUUACUGCACAACUGGAACAUUUGUAACUGCCUUUUUUAUAGGCUGAGUUUUCAUAUAACUAGUGUGUUCAAUAUAACAUUUUGGCUUUCUCCAAAUUUUCUUUUAACUAGUUGGGUCUUUCUGUCCAUAACCACCUCUUAGUAAUAGAAUUACAUUAGUUGGACCUCAUUUCUUACUUCUCGGUUCUUUUAAAAAAAUGAAGAUGAUCCAAUUCCAAUAGGUCCAAUAGGUCAAUGCCUUUUUUUUUUUUUUUAAAUAUUUGACUAUUAAAGUUUUAAUAUUCAUCACAUAUUCUUUGUAUCCUUCAAAUAAUAAGGAGCACUCACACCCCUCGGUCUGGUGGUGGACCACACACACACACCACUUUUUUUGGAAACUACAAGAAUGUUAUGAGUUUUUUGUCUCAUAAAACCAAAGUAGCCAAACUGGAAGCCCAAAUUGUUGACCAAUUUGGCUAUUUUGACCAUAAUCGUGAGCUUCAUUGUGCAACACAUUUUGAAAUCUUACCUUAGUGAAUAACUCUGUGUGACCACGAAUAAUGAAACCAGCUUGCGACAUGAAGCCAUUACAGGUUGAAAGCGUUGUGAGGGUUUCCGAUAUAUUUAUACCUGCUGUCCAAUAAAACAUUUCCAUGUAGAAUCAUUUUUACACAUUAAAACUGCAUGUUUUUCCCCUCCAGAAGUGACAAUGGCAACUGGGUGUGAUAUAGACCACGUGACAAUUAAUGCAACCAGCGGAGUAUCACUUAAUAUACCUGCAGGAAAACUCGAAAACGUGGAGAAAAUAAUAUUAAAAAGAAAUAACGGCAGCACGUCUACAAAACUUUUUUCUUAUGAUCUUCAAAGCAAGAAACCUUUAUUGCGUAAUCGACGCUAUUCGUUCUAUGAUCUCAAUGGAACAGUGCAGUUUGUUGAACUCCGUGAGAAAGAUGAAGGAAACUAUGUCUUGGUAAAAGAACGCGGAACCUACGAAGAAAUGUGCUCAUUUAAUAUCAAAGUUUACGGUGAGUUACGUAAGUUAUGGAAACAACGAGAGUGACAAUGGCUGAGGAUAAAAUGUCCUGUUUAUCUCAUUAGGUGCUUUAACGUUCCACCUUCAGUUAAUUUUAUUCAACUAUAGCCAUUUUGAAACUUGAUUUACUUGUAAUGUGUUUAUAGGUCACAUUCUGAUUAAUAAUUCACGAUGUUCACGAUGGGAAGUUACAUUCCACAGCAUGAGGGCCAGAGUACUAUUCGAAUUAUAAUAUUGAUAUUUUUCCAGUAAAUCCCCCCUCCCCCAAAAAAGCAAAUUACCAACAUUUUGGGAGUGGGAUAUGAAUCAAUUGCAUUAUGUCUCAUAUUUUUGUCUUGGAUGAAGAGUUUUAAAGAUUGGUGCUUGGGAUGCCCAAUUGAAAAUAUAUUUUUUUAUUCCGUUUGAUUUUUUAAGUGUUCACUUUUAGGUUAAAACUCAAUAUAAAGUUUCUGUUUUGGAAGAAGAAAUUACUUGGAAGUAAUAUGUGCAAUGUCCAUAACUUAGUGUUAGAGAGCAUAUUUCCUUAAAGGGAUCCUAUAGUGCCAGGAAAAACAAAGCCAGUGAUUCAAGACAUCUCUAUGGGGAGAUGCUUAUUGUCCAGGGCUGUGUUUGGCCUGUGCUGGCUCUGCCCCUGAUCUGCCUCUGUCAGUCUCAGCCAAUCCUAUGGGGAAGCAUUGUGUUUGGCUCAGACCACCACUUCUGAUGAUGUCAGCAGACAGCAGGCAGGUCAGAGUUAGACAGGGGCAGAGCCGGCAGCUGCAGACUUGAAUGCAGGUAAGAUUUUACUAUAUUUAGGGAGGCAAGGAGGCAGGGGGGCUAAAUGGUGGUUUUAACACUAGAGGGUCAGGAAUACAUUAUAGUCCACUGGGCCCCUGCCUACACAACCACUCACAGGAAUACAAAUGUAAAUUAUCGAUAAAAUUAAGCCUAUAUUUAUUGGCACUUCCAAAAAAAUCACUGUUUAAAAAUUAAAAAAAACUUGCUUUACAGCAGAGAAUAAUGCACACAAACAUUUGGAAAAUAUAACAUGAACCUUGAAGUUGAAAAACAAGAAAGUCAACUUAAAAAUGGUGCUCGGUUGGUAAAUCAUACAGACGGAGAUGACACAGUGUGAAUUUACAAUUAAUUCUUUAUUAUUAAUCAAGUGUUCAACUCUAACAUUUACUAAAUUUCUUUGCAGAGAAUUGCUUUAUAAUUGGCUUGUUCAGAUAACAGCUAAUACUGAGGUAAUGAGUCCACUUAAAUGUUUUAAGAAGGAGGAUUUGAAUGUUGUGAAUAAAUCUCCUGGAAUAAUAUACUAACUAUGGGACCCCUAUGCUCGUGGGCCCCCGGGCAACUACUCAGUGUGCCCAUGCGCCAUGCAUUAAGACAACUCCGAUGUAAGCAAGCCAUAGCAUCAACAUCUGGGAACAUUUGUCUACUCUAUCACAGGCCCAUAUCAUAUAUCUUAUUGACUCUGCCAAAGCUUGGGAAACACUUGCAUCUUCCAGAAAAUUGGUAUGUGAGCCUUUGCUGCGUUAAGUAGGUGCAUAGUGAUGCUCUUUUGUAUUUAGCUAUUGAAAGGGUUGUAUGGUGGAGAAGCAUGGAUUCAAGGUUGAAAGGAGCCAGCAACCCUUAUGACAACUCCUUCAGUACCUCCGUGCUGUGCACCAGUGACAGCAAGGGGCUCAAAAUUAUGGUAAGGUCCAUUUUAAAGCAACGAGAGCUUGCAAGGUCACCCUGAUUGUGGAGUUAGCUCAGAGUGGCCAGGGACAAUAUUUCCUGUCCAGCCCCACCGGUACUGGUAGACAACAGACUCCAAGGACAGCCAUUAAGGUUUUUUUUGUUUUUUAAAGUUUCAUAUAAGGUUAAUGUUUAUUAAUGGAACACUCUAAGUAAACAAAAGAUUGCUCUUUAGACCAGACAGAUAUGGAAAAAAACUUUGGAUUAUUUAUUAAAGCUUUGCUUAAGGAAAUUGCCAUGAUGUAUGUGUUAAUCCAGCAGAACAUGUCCUCUCUUGUUGCCUCUCCUUUCAUCUUGAUCUUAGAGAUUGGCCGAGACAGGUACCUGCUCAUUUAUAACGCCAUAAUUUAAAACAGGUAGGUUUUAUUCUAAGGUUAUUUUCCUAUCCGUAGGUAAAACUUAUGUGAUCAUAUUGCUUGUAACAGGUCAGAUCAGGAACAUAUCUAUCAAUCAAUCUCUCGUUCUUGUAAAUGACACCUGUGUUGUCAUCCUGAACUGCACGGCAUUGGCAAAGGAUGAAACAACAUUUUACUGGAGUCGAGACCAAGAGGAUCUGAGACAUAACAGCAAUAUAUUGCAGAUAAUUCUGACAUCAGACAAUGUUGAUAGCUACUAUAACUGCACAGCGAAGAAUUCUGUCAGUAAGAGUUCUGUUACCAUCAAACCAUUCACAGGAUGUAAAAUGCCACCAGGUAAGAGCCACCACAACGGUAGGUGUUAGGGAAAGUAGUUUAUCAAUAGAAUUAAGGCAUCCAAUCAUUCCAAAUCCCAAUCCAUGAUAAUCAGUCUUAGCCAUGGCUGUUAAGUUUACAAUUAUGCUAGUCUGGCCUAUUUCUAACUGAAAUAUGACCUUUUCAAGGAUAUUUGAGGAGUGUUGAUGAAAAGUCUUCAGGUUCUUCUCAAUUUUGAAAGCACACUUCCACAAAGCAUUAACAAGGUUCCAAGUAUAUUAGAGGUUCAAUAUGUUCACCAGUAGAAGGAACAAUGCUGAAAUAUCUGUAUUUAGUUACAAACGUUCUACCUGCGGUAUAAUCAGUGGAACAGUCUCUUCAGAGAGAAAAAGUAGUUAAAUGAAAAUCGUGAUAAACUGAUUAGCUGUAACAUUGUAACAGAGCUUAUCCAACUGACGUGGAGUGCCCAGUCUGUCCUGUGGACUGCUCGUGUAGACUGGAUUAAUCAAACACGUGGCAUGCUUCGAAGCGCCAUCAUAGACACUGGCUGCUCACAGAGCAUGUUCCUAAGUAACCUUGAGGUGCAUUGCGUCACAUCUGGUCCGAGAUUGGCAGUGUCACUCCUGUAACCUCAUUGCCACACUUUUUGGUUUUGUAGGAGUGAUGUGGACAAAUCAGACUUGUUAACCAUAUUCAUGCUGUUUUUGCUUGCAACCCCUGCCCUUUUGUGGUUUCUGUUCCAAUACCUGAUCAGCACGUUCAUUAUCCUGUUCUCUAUUUUACUGGUUUGGCUUGUUUCUGGAUUCUGUGUACCUCUGUGACACUGACCCGGUUAAUUUAUAUGUUAUUCUGAUUUUCUGUAGUUCUGAUCAAGCUGGUAAAUCCAAUUAUCUGUUUAUACUGUAACUCUGACCUUGGCUCAACUAAUAUGUCUAUUCUGCUUCCCAUGCUAGUUAUCCCAAGUUCUGCGUAUUCGGACACAUUCACCAUGAUACACUUAUCGUGGUCUUGCAUUGAAUUGCAUUGUGUUAACAAAAUACCAAACUAAAAACAGAAUUUAAUGUUUCAAAUUUGGCUAUUUGGACCUUACAUUUAAAACUAACUUUGAAUUUUUAAUUCUCACAUUAGUAAAUAACACCUGUAAGUGAAAGAUUGAAUAUCACAUGGCCAUUGUACAGCUGUUGUUAGUCCAUGGAGAUUGCAAGACUCCAUGUGUUAUUUAUUUAGAUGUGUCACAGAUUGGUCACCAAUAAGACGGGAUUUCUACUUACCAUUGACCAUGUAAUUUAUCUUUCUAUUUUAGACAGAUUAGCUAUACUACACGAUAGGAAACUGGCAUGGGUGCCCUCUCUUAUCAUUUUAAAGUCUUUUAUAGGCCUUACGAUGACCGGGGCAGGGCAUAUGCCACAGUAACAUUACUAUGAUUAUUUUUUAGAAUAUUUUCCUGUUUGUUUUUAGAAAAGAACUUUGAUUUUGUGGCGGUAUCUGUCUCAGUGUCUCUGGCUGUGUUGGGGAUCAUUCUUGCACUCCAAAUCUACAAGGUUGUACUGCGUAGACACAAAACGACAGGUAAGAAAUUCUAUGCAUGUUUUGCUGAUUAAAAAUUUCUAACAAAUUAUUAUUGAGUAACACAAUUUGGGGCGAGAUGAGCUGUGUUAAUAAUUGUUUUGCUGUUCCUUAAGUUGAUAUACUUUGUUGCCUUUUAUGCUUUAACAGUGUGCACAAACAAGCACCCCCACAUUAUAUGCAGUGCAGUAUAUAUAUUGUUAGUGUGUUAAAGGAGAACAUUCACUAUCCAGAAUUAAUUUUUUUUGGACAAUCUUUAUUUUGUUACAGUAUGCAACAGUUCUCAACAGUUUAAUUCCAUUUUCUUACAUUCCGUACAGAAAAGAAGUCAAUAAUAUGAAAUAUUGGGCAAUAGGGUUAACAUAAAGUACGAACAGAGCAUAAUAAGUGUGUGUUAGAUGUAAUUCAACUUUCUAGUAAGCCUAUCCUUUCCCUUUUCUAUUUUUUUUUUUACAAUCUUUAUUUAUUUUUUCCUUAUUUGUUGAACAUUGUAAACUAUCAUAAGAAAUGGUUACAAACCCAUGCCUAAAUAAUGUGCACCGAGUUGGAAUUGUAUCGUCAUAUCUUCUGUCGUUAGACUGUUAUCAAAAAAGUCCCUCAACUGUUGCCCCCCUCCCCAAUUAUCCCCUUAACUAUGUUCUAUAACUAUGUGUGGUUCCCAUCGUAUUGAAAAAAAAGGGUGGUUCCGCCCCCUCGCUGGCAGAGCCCCCACUUAUGCAGUGCCUCCACCUGUUCGCCUACCACUCUCCUCCUAGCUGUGUGCAGGCCCCUUACCCAUCUGUGCUACUGCCUAUAUCUUACUCGCUGUUUGCGCAUAGUUUUCCUAAUUCCAAUGUGGCUACGUACAGUAGCUCUCCACCGGGACACCCGUAGUGCUUCAGCCAUUAGCCACCACAGCUUGGCUGGAGUCUCUCCAUCAUUUCCUGCCCUGAAACAAGGUCCUGGGUACACCUUCAAGUGAUUAAGCUCUCCUGCAGAGAGUAUAGCUGAUCCACCAAAACUCUAGUCCAGACUGAGUGAAGGGUGUAAAGGAACUGGUUUAUUCAGGCAAUGCACACAGAAUUUAUACAUAUCCCCCAGCAUGGGGUCUCCAUUGUAUUCAUUACACGCCCCUCCCAGAGAUCUCUUUGCGUGGGAAAUAAUUGAGUUAAAUACCAGUAAGCUAAUUAUCUCCCAGAGAUAAUUAGACAGAGAGCCAAAAUACAAAAACCUAAAAGUACCCGAAAACAUAAUAAAAUAUACAGUAACCCCACAAGUCAUACAUCCCCAAACAGCCCUGAUCUGAGUGCCCAAGUUGUCCAAAUAGCGAUCUGAUCCAUGCAGUAUAGGGGAAACUCCACCGGAGCAAAGUUCUGACCGGCCGCACACGUGGUCCUAGCCAGUGGCGUACUAAGGGGGGGCAUGGGGUGUGAUUUAUUAAAGGGGGGUGUGGGUUAAUUAAAGAGGGGUGGAUUAAUUAAAUAAUUAAAGAGGGGAUUAAUUAAAGAAUUAAAGGCAGUGGAGGUUUAUUAAAGGGGGGUGGAUUAAUUAAAGGGGGAGGUUUAAGUAAAGGGGGGUGGAUUAAUUAAAGGGGGGUGGAUUAAUUAAAGAGGGGGGUGGAUUAAUUAAAGGGGGUGUGGAUUAUCUAAAGGGGGUGGAGGUUUAAUUAAAGAGGGUAGAUUAGUCAAAGAGGGGUGUGGAUUCAUUAAAGAGGUGGAUUAAUUAAUGGGGGUGGGGAUUAAUUAAGGGGGUGGAUUAAUUAAAGAGGGGUGGAUUAAUUAAAGGUGGGUGUGGAUUAAUUAAAGGGGGGUGCAGGUUUUUUUUAAUUAAGGGGGUUGCAGUAUUUUAUUUAUUAAGGGAGGAUGUGCACUGCAGAUUUUUCUUUUUUAUUACGGGGGUGUGCAGGGUUUUUAUUAAGGAGGGUGUGCAUGUUUUUUGUUAUUAGGGGGAUUGUGCAAGUUUUUGUUUUUUUAUUAAGGGGUGUGCAGGGUUUUUAUUAAGGAGGGUGUGCAGGGUUUUUAUUAAAGGGGGUGUGCAGGGUUUUUAUUAAUGGGGGUGUGCAUGUUUUUUGUUAUUAAGGGGAGUUGUGCAAGUUUUUGUUUUUUUAUUAAGGGGGUGUGCAUGUUUUUUUGUAAUUAAGGGGGUUGUGCAUGUUUUUUUUAUUAAAGGGGGUGUGCAGGGUUUUUUUUAAUUAAGGGGGUGUGCAGGAUUUUUUUUAAUGCAGGGUUUUUAUGUGUAGGGAGUGUAUGAAAUUUAUGUGAUCAGUGUGCAGGGUUUUUAUAUGAAGGGCGAAGGGCAGGGUUUUUCUAGAAAGGGCGAGACCAGGGGUUUUGUAGAAAGGGGCAGAGCAGGAGUUUUCUAGAAGUUUCUCACCAGCCCCUUUCUACAAAAGCACUGGUCUUCCCCCUUCUACAAAACUGGCGCAUUUAUACAAAACCCCUGCCCUGGCCCUCUUCUACAAAACCUCUUCCCCAGCCGCUACAUCUUUUGAGCCCAAAUCCCUUUCCUAUGCUAUUUCUAAGGAUCAGCUUAAGGGGUUAGCUCCCAAGUGGAGCCAAAUGCACAUGCGCAGCAAGAGCUGCGUGCACAUUCAACCAGUCCAUAGGAAAGCAUUUCUCAAUGCUAUGGACGUUCUGCAAGCUGGAAGACAGCCACUAGAGGUUGGCUUAACCCUGCUAUGUAAACAUAGCACUUUCUGCACUUACUGUACCACCAGGGCCGGCGCUACCUGUUAGGCGGACUAGGCAGCCUUGGGAAGGGGCGCUGCCAGGAGCACCGGCCCCCCUCAUGCUGCAGCCGCCCGAGCGCUCUGUAGACAGCCUCAGGCAGCUGCAGCUUUGCCCGGGCGGUGCGUCCAUGAGGACGGACCGCACCGCCCGGGCGCAGCCUGAGGAGAGGGGCUGACAGGAGGGAAGCGGCUCAGCUCCCUCCUGUCACUCCCCUCAGUGUAAGCGUGGCGACACCUCCUGGCCAGUCCCUUGGUACGAGAGCAUCUGUCUCCCCUUACCCGGCACAGACUAACAGGAAAGUAACACUGAAGUAUGCACUUCCCUGUUAGUCAGCUUGAUACAAGCUAAAAACUCCCUGUACCCUUGAACUAUAAACUAAACCCGUAGCAAAGAGAGCAUGAAAUUAGGAAGAGGAAAGAAAUAGAAGUGACAAGUAGAGAGGAAGAAGUGACAAGUAGGGGAGUAGGAAAGAAAGAAAGUGACAAAUUAUAGGGAGGAGAAAAGAGAGACAAGGAGAGAUAAAGAGAGAGAGCAGAGAGAGAAAAGAGACAAGAGUAGGGGAGAAGGAGAGGAGCAAGGAGAGGAGAAGUAUGACAAGUAGGGGAAAGAAAAGAAGGAGCAAGGAAGGGAAAGAGAAGGGAACAAGGAGGGAAAAGAAGUGUGACAAAAAGGAGGAGGGAGAAAAGAGAGAGACAAGAGAGAACAGGAGAGAGGGAGAAAAGAGACAAUGAGAGGAGAAAGAGAUAAGGAGGGAAGUGUGACAAGGAGGAGAAAAGAGACAAGGAGGGGAGAAAAAGAGAGAGACAAAAGGAGGGGGGAGAAAAGAGAGACAAGAGAGGGAAGGGGUGUGACAAGGAGGGAGAAAGAAAGAGAGAACAAGAAAGGGGAAAAGAGCAGAAAGAGAGAGACAAGGAGGGGGGAGAAAGAGAGAGACAAGGAGGGGGGAGAAAGAGAGAGACAAGGAGCGGGGAGAAAGAGAGACAAGGAGGGGGGGAGAAAGAGUGUGACAAGGAGGGGGGGAGAAAGAGUGUGUGACAAGGAGGGGGGAGAGAGAUUGACACCCAUCACACACACAUAAUCACACACAAUGCAACCCUUGCACACAGAAAAACACACAAUGCAUUACACACACAGAAACACAUACACAAGCAAUGCAACCCUUACACAUAAUGCAUCCCUUACACACACAGAAACACACAAUGCAUUCAUUACACACACUCAGUGCACCCCUUACAGACACACACACUGCAUCCGUACAUACACAGAAACACACCUUGCAGCCCUUACACAUACAAACACAGAUUCACACAAUGCAUUCCUUACACACAUCAGGACAUCCCCUACACACUCCACCCCCUGUGAACAAACUCAUUGGUGGAACAUGAAGGUGGACCCUGGGACCCAGACCUUGAGCUGUGUAAAGGGCCCCCCAAAAAAUGGAGCUGCUUCACUGAAAAUGUUAGUUAUGUUUAAACAUCUAAGUGUUUUCAUAUAAUAUUUUGAAAGGUACUUUCACGCUGACUCCUCCAGAGAGAGCCCCACUACCAGAGCCAGUAGAACCACAGGCGGCAGGAUUUCUCACAAUAUAUUCCCAGGUUCAAAGGACACCGGUAUGUUAUACACAUCUAUGGUAUGCAUUAUCUUAUUGUAUUGCAUUAGCAGAUAGGAUUAAAAUACACCAAAAUACUAGUGAAACUGACUUGGUGUCAAAAUAUAUAUUUUUUCAGCCUCACUUUAAUAUUUUACAUUUUUAAUAAGCUCUUCAAAUGAUUUAAAAAUGUUGAAAAAUAUUUUAAUAUUUUUUAAUGUUGCUAUAUGUUUUUUUUAAUGUAUAAUAUAUUUUUGAUAUUUUAAUAUUUAACCAUUUGAAAAGCUUAUCUGGAAAUAUUAAAUAAUUUGAAUAAUAAUUUUUCAAAAGAUAAAAUCGAGGCCUCUAUUAGGUGGUGCGCCUGUGCACAUAGAUUAUGUAUCCGCCCCCAAAAAAUCCCCAACAAAAACAAACUUAAAAGGAACAUAGACAAACUAUGGGCAGAACACCUGCACAAACUGGGGAAAAGCAGUCAGUAUUUCAUUACUGUGAAAUUAUAUAAAGUUUUUUGUAUAAUACUUAUUUUCUCAAACCUCGUUCAGCUUACGGUCUUAUCGUAUGGCUAAUGAAGUUUUGUUAAAUAUUAUUUUACAGGUAAAAAACAACAUUGCAACGGGCACAGAGAGACCACGAGCAGAGCACAUGCACAGACUGGUAAGAUGCAGUCAGUAUUCAUUCCUUGUUCAUAAACUAUAAUUAUUUUUAUUGAAUAUUCGUUCGAUUUUCUUCCGUGGGAUAUUGCAGAAAGAUAAGUACUUUUAUAUUUCAUUUUUAAAUUUUUUUUAUAUAUAUAUAUAUAUUUAUACUUUUAUCUAGCAGAGAAAGAGAGGCAGAGAGGUUGAUGUACACAUAAAUUAUAUAAGUGUAUGAAAAUAAAGAAUCAUUUAAAAAUUCUCCCCGUCUUUACAUUUAUUUAUUUAUUACAUAUAAAUUGUAAUUAGAAAGCUAUUACAGAAUGUUUGUAAAGUAAGAAAAAUAAUUCUUCAUGUUCCCCUAAGGUAUUUAAAGCCAGCUGCUUUAUGUAGAAAAGAUCAAAAACAUCCACUUCCUCUACUUUUUUGAGAGCUAUGCAACUUUUUUUUUUUUUUUUUUUUAAUAUCCUCUGAUCUGUACAUUAAUUAUUUCAUAGGAUUCGCUUCCUGGAUACCAUCAACCGGAGUCUAACACACUAUCGACAAUAUAUGAGCUCGCGGGUCACUGUGAGCGUAAUGGAAACCUCACCUAGGAUUCAAAGUAUCAGAACUUACUAUAUAAAUACAUCUGUCUACAACCUGCUGAUGUGUAGAAAUGAGAGCACUUUAUCUAUGUGGCUUAACUUUGAGCGGAGUUUGUACAAUUUUACAUAAUUGUAGUAUAUACCAUUGAUUCACUUAAAAGUUUAGAAAUUGUUUUACAGAGAUAAUAAUGUCGCAGGUAUUUGGAAGCCCAAUGCAUUUUAACCCACUCUGAUGCCAAGUUUAUUUGUAUAAAAUACCUGCCCUUUUCAGGUCCCUACCUCCAUUACUGUGCCAAUUUGAAAUAUCUCUUAUUAUAUAGCCAAAAAUGAAGAUUAUCAUUUAUCUUCACAAAUGAAGUUUAUGACUAGUUUAGUUGUUGUUUUAUAUUGCUGUGUUGGUCUGCCAGCCCCCUCCCCCAAAUUAACAAAAAAUAAAUAUAUAAAACUAAAACUCUCAUUGAUAGAGCAACAAGGCCAAGUUCUCGCCGAAGCACAAGCCUUCUCAGCUGACAUCACUCCCCCUAUUUGGAGAAGGAGGUUAAGUAGGAUGGGCUAAGGGAAGGACAUGGGUGGCAUGAGGAGGCAUGAUGUGUCUGCUGGCUUUAGACACCAAAUAUGCACAGGACUCACAUUGGCGACCCAAAACUCCUUCUCUGGGCUGGUUAAUGACAUCCCAACGAUGCAGCCGGAGGUAGCAGCAGAAGAGUUAAACUCAAUGUGCCACAUUUCAUUAAAGCACUGCAUAUUCAGACUCCAUGCACCGUGAACACUUCAAAUCAGUGACGUGGUCAUGGUGCUUGGAUUGACCCGUUACGUUUUUGAUAAACAUUCUCCCUUUUAUUUAAAUAAAUUUCCAAGAUGUACACCCUAAUAUAUAUAUAUGCAUAUAUAUAAUGUUUUGUCUGUUAAAUAUAUUUUAUUCUAAACAAUAGAGCAUUGUUAUGUAGAUAUAAUAAAGAUGAAAACCAGCUAAAUAAAAUUGUCAGAAGCAGCCAUAUUGCUUUAUAUGCAGAAUACAUCAUAAACAUCAUUUGUAAAGGUUAUUACAAUAAGUGUUUCUCUUAAUGCUGCCGGCAAAGAGUUGAUUGAACGUGGUUCCCAGUGAUUGCAAUAAAAAUUAUGUUAAAAAACCCC